AUGAGAGCUCAUGGCUCUCUCUUUCUCUGUCUUCUUUGUAUCCUCCUUGCCACCACCAUUUUAGUUGACGGCCAAACCCACACAGGUUACAUCAGCAUAGAUUGUGGCGCACCUCUUAAAGGUACCGAGAGAGAUCCUCUUACUAGUAUCAGUUACGCCCCAGAUGAUGAUUUCAUAACCGCAGGCUUAAACCAUAACGUCUCUAAAGAAUACAAUUACCCUGCAUUCCCUAACUUACCCUACGUUCUUGCUGAUCUAAGAGCUUUUCCACAAGGAAACAGAAACUGUUACUCCUUGAAACCUUCAGAUGCUAAAGACAAUCUUUACCUCAUCAGAGCCUCCUUCAUGUACGGAAACUAUGACGGUGGUGUCAACGAGAAGGCCUUACCAGAAUUUGAUCUUUACCUGAACGUGAAUUUCUGGUCAACAGUGAAGUUCAAGAACGCUUCUGAGCAAGUCUUUAAAGAGAUCUUGACCUUUACAGAGUCAGAGGUUAUAUACAUUUGCCUUGUGAAUAAAGGUAAAGGAACACCUUUUAUCUCAGGCUUGGAGCUCAGGCCAGUGAACAGCUCAAUCUAUAAUACUGAGUUUGGAAGAAACAUCUCGUUGGUGCUACACCAAAGAUGGGACAUAGGAUAUUUGAACGGAACAGGACGGUACCAAGACGAUGUGUAUGAUCGUAUCUGGUCUCCUUACACUUCACCCUCUUGGAGUUCAAUCAAGACAACUGGCUAUAUCGAUGUUUUUCAGAGUGGUUACAGACCACCUGAUGAAGUUAUUAAGACAGCUGCUUCACCUAAAAGCGAAGAAGAGACAAUGGAACUUUCAUGGACAACAGAUGAUACAAAUGCUAGGUUCUAUGCAUUUCUUUACUUGGCGGAACUCGAAAAUCUCAAGACCGAUGAGAGUAGGAAGAUGAAGAUAUGGUGGAACGGUUCCCCUAUUUCAGAAGAUCCUUUCAUUUCUCCUUUAAAGUAUUCAAUGACUUUGUCAGCUUCAAGAUCUUUCACUGGUGAUCACUUGAUAUCUCUUCAGAAGACAGAAGAUUCAACACUUCCACCUAUUCUCAAUGCCAUUGAGAUCUUUACAGCGCAAUCUCUAGAUGAAUUUUCCACUGCAGUAGAAGAAGUUCACGCGAUGGAAAGCAUAAGAUCGACUUAUAAAGUUAAGAAAGUUUGGAGUGGUGAUCCUUGUGCUCCAAGAUUAUACCCUUGGGAAGGUGUUGGAUGCAGCUACAAUAAUAACAAUCAUCAUAUCAAGUCCUUGAAUCUUAGUUCAAGCGAGUUACAUGGACCAUUAGUAAUGGCAUUCACAAAUCUCACCCUUCUUGAGUCAUUGGAUUUAUCUAACAAUGACCUACAAGAUAAUGUGCCUGAAUUCUUGGCUGAUCUAAAACAUUUGAAAUCACUGAAUUUGAAAGGGAAUAACUUCACUGGGUCAAUCCCAAAUUCUCUUAUGAAAAAAAUGAAGGACGGUGUACUUGCACUCAGUAUGGAUGACAAAAACCUUUGUAACACAAGCUCUUGUCAAGAAAAGAAGAAGAAGAACAUGGUUGUGCCAAUAGCUGUUGGCACAUCAGUGAUUGUUCUCCUUGUGGUUUUGGUGAUCAUAUGGAUCAUACUAAGGCAACGAAGAAGAGCCAGUGAAGGACCAGGACCAAUCCCACCUUCAAGAAAGAGAAUGUUCGGAGACAAUGGAGGACCAGGACCGUUAUUACCAUCAGGGAAGAGAAGGUUCACAUAUGAUGAAGUCUCUAGCAUUACAAACAACUUCAAUAAAGUGAUUGGUAAAGGAGGCUUUGGUAUAGUGUACCUUGGUUCCCUAGAAAAUGGAACUAAAAUUGCUGUAAAGAUGAUUAAAGAUUCUUUAUCUACAAUACCUAAUGGAACAUCAUCAUCUUCAUCAUCACAAGCUUCCAAAGAAUUCCAAGUCGAGGCAGAGCUUCUUUUGACAGUCCAUCACAGGAACUUAGCAUCAUUUCUCGGAUACUGCGAUGAUGAACGCAGUACAGCUCUCAUCUAUGAGUACAUGGCCAAUGGAAACUUACAAGAAUAUCUUUCAAGUGAGAAGGCAGAAGAUCUUAGCUGGGAGAAGAGACUCCAUAUAUCCAUAGACUCUGCACAAGGGUUGGAGUAUUUGCACCAUGGAUGCAGACCACCAAUAAUACACAGAGAUGUUAAAACAGCAAACAUACUGUUAAACGUUAACUUGGAAGCCAAGAUUGCUGAUUUUGGCGUUUCUAAGAUCCUCCCUGAUGAAGAUCUCACCCACGUCGAGACUGCCGUCAUGGGAACUCCCGGUUACAUUGAUCCUGAAUACUACAGGACGUUUAUGCUGAACGAGAAGAGCGACGUGUACAGUUUCGGGGUCGUGCUUCUUGAACUCAUAACUGGCAAGCGAGCCAUAGUGAGAGCAAAAGAGGGAGAAAAAAUAAGCAUCAUCCACUUCGUUGAGCCUUUCUUGGAGACAGGAGAGCUUGACGGAGUCGUGGACCCACUGCUUCACAGAGACUACUCAUCGGACUCGGCCUGGAAAUUUGUUGAGUUGGCAAUGUCAUGCGUACGAGAAAGAGGGUUUAACAGACCAGCAAUGAACCAGGUUGUGUCUGAGCUGCAACAAUGCUUAGCCGCUGAGCUGGAUCGUGAGCCACAAAGAUCAUCAUUACAAGGAAAUGGUGACUGAGAAGUAGACUAAGCAAAAUUAAUUAAAAAUGACGUUUGAUCAUUUUUGAUUUUGUGUGUGUGUGUGUCUUCAUUGCUUUUGAGUCUAAUUUUCUUUAGUACUCCAUUUAUUAAUU